CCCCACAUAAGGAAUCGAUGGCUUCAGCAGUUCCAUGGAACCGGUCUUAUUGUUCCAGUUGGUGGUACCCGAUUCUGGUCACCUGAUUGGCUUCCAGGUUACUGAGUGCUCGAGUGCUUACUCCCCCCAACUCCGUCCCAUCGGCAAGAAAUUAUCGUGGUAAUUUUGGCCCAUUGGCGGGAGGUAAUAAUUAAUUAAUUGAGGAAGAAAAAGAAAAGGCACCACUUUAGACUGCGCACGCGCGGAUCAAGCAAGCAAUGCGACCAUACGUCAUUCCAUCUCACAGUCCAUUCGGCUUAUGAUAGACCAUUCCCGAGUGGCUAAAAUUCGGCGCAACCGGGGAAGGAGAGUCAAGAAAAGGGGCCUGGAUAGGCAGGACAGCCAGAGAGCUCGGAGAAAGAGAGAAGUAGGCAAAGGGAGGCGAAAAAAAGGCAGAAAAGGGAAAAGAAGGGCGCUAAUUGAUAUCCCAGGCCGACCUUUGAUUGGCUCGAUGGGAUCUGCUGAGACUCAGGUCUCUGCAUGGACAAGGUUGGGAAAAGUGGUGCGACGUCAGGCACCAAAUGAGAUCGUUGGAGGGCGCCAUGAUAGCCUUACCGUUCUACAAGGCCAGAGCAGUCGACAUCUGUCAGGUACGGAAAGCCAUUGCAGAUGCCGGGAGGCUUCUGCCGUGUUCUUAAUCGCAUAUGUAACGUGUGCCAGGUACUUUGCAGAAGCGAAGUCUCACUGCGACGGCUUGCAUUGUUCUUUGCUCGUCUGGCCAGGUUGGGAGGUAGAUAAAAUCAAGUACUGGUGUAUGAGUUUAUUUUUUUCCGCUUCCAUCGUCCGAAUCUGUCCGCCCAACCUCCCCGGCGUUAUAAGCAGCCACCCACGUCCCGACUGGAGAUGCGCGCGAUGGGUUCGUUCAAGGGAGGCGAUUCAAGCCCGUUGGACCUUGAAACGGAAGUAAUCCGAAGUCGCGGGAAAAAAAGAUGAUGACAUCAGACAGUCAACUCCGCCGCCGCCGCGGCCGCCGCCGCAGCGGUGAGUUGAGGGAGG